CUGUCCUUUAGGUUGAACCAUUGGAAACCAAUUAAAAAGUUGGUAAAAUAAGGCUGCUCAACAGCGCUGAUGAUCGUCAUUCAUCGGUUCCAAAAAUCCUAUUUAAUUUCCAUCCCCUUAGACCUAAAGCUUGAGCCUACAGGUAUAGCUUCACCCCCCCAACCCUAUAUAAAGUUCCAUGCUAGGGUUAGGGUUAGUCACCAAGCACUGACUUGGCUUUAAGCGUUUCUGGGGUCGUGGAUGAUUCCAGUGAUCAUCAUUGGAUUUAAUCCAAUCAUCCAUCACUGUUCAUCUAUUCUAUCCGUACACAGGGGUUAAAGAACGAUUAUAUUGUUGGGAAUCGAGAUGAAGAAGAGACAGGUGGUCGUGAAGAGGGAUGUGGCCAAGACGUCGUCGUCGGUGAUGAGGAACGUCAGAUAUUUGGAGUGUCAGAAGAAUCACGCGGCCAACAUAGGAGGCUACGCCGUGGAUGGUUGCAGAGAGUUCAUGGCCAGUGGUGAUGACGUCACUGCCGGAGCUCUUACCUGUGCUGCUUGUGGCUGUCACAGGAAUUUCCACAGAAGAGAAGUUCAGACCGAGGUUGUCUUUUAUAUUUGUGAAAGAAAUCAAGGGUUGGGGCACAGAAACUAUCCCGUGUUGGUUAAUGUAUUGUUGAUCUCCAUUUAAAUUAAUAUGUGAGGUGUCUGAUUCUGCCCGGGACGAUGCUCAUUAAUGCUCUCUGAUUGAUGAAUUGUGUGCGUGUGUGGCAUUAUGCAAUCGAGCUUGUUCAGGUUAUCUAAUAUAUAUAUAUAUAUAUAUAUAAGUUAUGUCGUUAAUGCUCGUGAAAAGCCUUAUGUAUGAGCAAUGUUUGUUAAUCUCUGUAGGUUUUAGACUUGGUCAAUUGUGGUCUUGAUUAUUCCAAAGUCCUUUUUUAUGAUUCUCUCCUACCUAUGUUUUCAUCUCAUAUUCCCAAGUGAUCAACGGCUAAAGGCAUUUAGGAAUUUGAGGUCAAUUGUAUAUGGAGAGAAUAAAAAACAAUGUCACAGAAGAUUUGUUAAUUAUCUCGACCCUCUUCAAUAACAUUGUGUGGAAAGCCAAGUGGGGUUAAAUAUUCUUCCCUUGUUUUUGAACCGGAUUUCUUCCCCCUCUUCAGUGGCAAGAAAACAAGUUGGGGCCUAUAUAGAUGUGAUGAAGAUAAUUAUCCUUGUGCCAAUCAUUUAGCAUUUGAAAUAUUAUAACUCCUGGAAGGCCCACCUGUAUCCAAUCAUGGAACGAUAUGUUAUUUAAAUAUUACCGUAUAUUUUAUAUAUAUAUAUAUAUAUAUUAACUAAGUAAAGUUGACUGAGGACUUUGCAACGGAGUUAAUAUAGUGGGGAAGUGAAGUGACCAAACUUUCUUCUCUUUUUGGUGGUGUGGCCGGUGGCAUUACUAAAAUAAUUAUGAAAAGAAAAACUUAGUCAUUAACUUAACAAAGAAGGAAAGAAAAUAAUCCAUAUGUUGCAAAGUGGCGUGCUGCCCUUCCAUCUUGGCCUUGUUAGGGACAUGGGCUCUUUUAUUUUAUAAUUUGUUUGGUUACUUGUGCUAAAUAAAUUAAUACACACACAAACUUUUAUAUAUUGAUUGUGAGGGUAAACCCAGUCUGACCUUAAAGUACUCUAAAAUACAGAUUUUGCGCCAUUAAGAAGUCUGUAGGGAAAAAUAUAUACAGAGCAAAAGAAGAUAAUUUAAAUAUUCAAGUAGUAUAUUGUAGAUUGCAGAGAAAUUCAUGUAUUUGUUUACAACUCCAAGAGGUCAUGCAGGUUUAAGUAUGAGAGAAAUAUUAUAUAUAAAGCAUCUUUUUAUAUAUGCAUAUAUAUAAACUUUGUAGUUCAGUUUAAUAUAUUGAAAGCGAAAAGACAAGAAAAAAGCUGCAUCAGGUUCUGGCUUCUAAAUGUGCACUUGUUGUCAUUAUGGAAGCUGGCUAUAUAAGGUCAGCUGAUAGAUUCGAUAUAUGCACAUACAACCCCUCUGUGUGCGUGCGUGUGAAAUGCAAUGUGGUGUUUAGAAAAUGAACCUACUUAUGGCCAAGCAAAUAUAUUUGGAUUUUCCAUAGACAUUUAGCAGGUAUUAAGGCGUGCAUUUAAAGAAAAUAAAAAGAAAAUUAAAAAUUCUGUAUGCUUUUUCAUUCUCUUAUACAUUCUCAAUGCAAGACAUAUUGCUACAAAAAGAUCAUAUAUAAUUUGAGAUCAAGGACCGCAUGCAUUGUAUAUGCUGUUUUUUUUUUUUUUUAUACAUUCCAGCAAUUUGAGAGGGUGGUUUAUAGAAUUGCUUUCUCUCUGUGAGUAUAUAGCUCCAGGAAGACAUGUGGCAAUCACUAAUUAGUUUGUGACAGAAAGCUUCAUGAGGGUAUUGUAAUGGUAGAUAGGGGGACCCUCUAGCGUGCAAAAGAAACUGAUGAUGAAUGCACGUGAGGCCUUUACAUGUCUGUGCUGCGUCGUCUGGGGAAGAGGAAUGUGAUUGCUUCUCUAAAUUUCAGGCUAACUUGUUUCUAUGUCACUGACUUCACAGGGCAAGCCUAUCUAUUACAUGAAGGAAGCAAUGAUGACUACCAAAUAAGCAGAACUUGAUGAUCCAGUAUUCAAGGAGAUUCGAGGUUUAAUUUAGAUGUUAGACUUUUUUGUUUCAGGUAGAAAACCUUAACGAAGUCCUCUAUAUUAACAAGAAGCAGCCAAACACACCUGCUAAAUUUGUUCUCCCUCCCUCCCUCCCUCUGUGUACAAGGAAAUUUUGGGGACUUAGAAGAAAAAGGAAUCUGAAGGUAUGAUGUCUGUUUAGCAUAAUGAGAAUGGGGACCUACUUUUGAAGAGUGUCUCUCUCAGAAUUUGGAUUGAUCCCACCCAAUUUUGUUUGAUUCUCUCAUCGGCUGCUGCUGCACGGAGAUCCCAUUAUCAUUACUAUUAGUUAGUAGUGCUAUGCUUACACACACACACACACACAGCACUCUGCAGGAGCAAGCAAGAAACAGGAAAAUGUUACGUUAGGCUUUCAUUUUUAAGAUGCAAUUUAUGAAUUAGACCACAAAUAUAUACGGACCUUUUGGACCUGAGUUA